AUGACAUAGAGUAGUACCUGUGAAAAUGUAGUCAAAAGAAGAGGUAGACCUCCAAAAAAGAAUCCAAAUAAUUUAAAUUAGCAUCCAAAUACUUAGAAAUCAUAAAAUGAAAUCGAAGAGUAAAAAGAUGACCCAACAGAUAAAAAUGAAAAUUCAAACUAGAAUGAUAAAUUACAAAAAGAUCUUUAAGCUAAUUUCAAAAUAUUAAAGAAUGAUGAAUCUAAGCAUAAUACUUUAGAUACAACAUUAUCAUAGUCAUAAGGAAAGAAUGGAGUAGAUUAAGCUGAUAAAUAGAACUAAAAGCAGGAAUAAAAUGCUCAUAAUGAAGUAAAAGAUGAGCAGAGAAAGCAAAUUGAUGAGUCCAAGACUGUUGAAGAGGAUAAGUAAAAAUUAAAAAAAAGUUAAUCACUUAAAAGGAUGGAUAAGAUUUCAGUUAACUCUGAUGAAAAUGAAGAUACUACUUCUGAUAAAGAUAAGUCUCAGAAAAAGUUAAAAGAAAAGAUCAAGACUGAUAAUAGUAAUGACUAGAGUUUAAGUGAUUCUAAUAUAUAUGACUAAAAUUUCUGCAACAAUAAAAAGAUAUUUUGA